AUGUCAUUGGCAGAGGGGGGAUUGGUGGGGUUUAACAAUAGUAACAAAGAUAUUCUCCAACAAGAGCUUGAGGAAAGAACUGAAAAUUAUCUCUGCAAAGGUUACAACAUUGCAGAAGAUCUUGUUAUUCCUUUCCUUCCAAAUGCACUAGCCCAAAUGCGGUGUCAGGUUGGUGGUGGAGUCAUCAGGAAUCAUCUAGGGAACAUGGUUGCAGCCUAUGCUGGCAACCUCAGUGAAAGUUCGGUCUCUCAAGCUGAGGGAAUGGCCCUCCUCUUGGGGCUGAAAAUGGCUAACGACAUAGGAAUAAAGCAUCUGGAAAUCGAAGGAGACUUUCAAGUUAUUAUCGACUCUAUCAAAGGGAAUGCUUCAGCAGGAUGGAGAGUGGAAUCCAUUCUGAGGGAUAUCAGGUGCUUGUUGGUCAAAAUGGAGGACUUCACCAUAGACCACAUCUUCAGAGAAGGAAAUAGAGUGGCAAAUUUCAUGGCGGUUGAAGGAAGGCCGCAGAUGGGCUUACGAUGCUGGAGGGACCCCAAUCUACUGCCAAUCACUGUUAAGGAAAUCCUGGAUAAGGAAAAAGCCUUGUGCCAGGAAAGGACUAACCCUUCCACCCAAUGA